AUGCCCAUGGCCUCAACCAGCUCCGCCGCGCUGUUCUCUUCCCCAGCCAGGCCUUCCUCCUCCUCGCCCAAGAAAAUCCCAUUCCCUUGCUCUCUGCUGAAGCUCACAUACACCGACACCAAAAUUCCCUUCCUUUGCGCACCAAUUGCUCGAUCCAAUGCCGGACUACCCGUCUUCGUUGCCAAAGCCUCCAAAGCGGAGCCUCAGUCGUCCGAUUCGGAACUGUACGAAGAGUACGAGGUGGAAUUGGUGCAGCCGUACGGGCUUAAGUUCGCCAAGGGCAGAGACGGAGGGACCUACAUUGAUGCAAUCGCGCCGGGAGGAUCGGCCGAUAAGACCGGCAUGUUCACGGUCGGGGAUAAGGUGCUCGCCACUAGUGCAGUUUUCGGGGAUGAAAUAUGGCCUGCUGCUGAAUACGGGAGAACAAUGUACACAAUGCGUCAAAGAAUCGGCCCUCUGCUCAUGAAAAUGCAAAAAAGAUAUGGAGAAGUGGAUAAUACGGGUGAAUUGACUGAAAAGGAAAUCAUUAGAGCCGAGAGGAACUCUGGUGUUGUUAGCAACAGAGUGAGGGAAAUCCAAAUGCAAAAUUACAUGAGGAAGAAAGAGCAAAAGGAACAGAGAGAGACCGACCUUCGUGAAGGGUUGAAGCUCUACAGGAGUGGAAAAUAUGAAGAGGCUUUGGAAAAGUUUGAGUCAGUAUUGGGAUCAAAACCGGAGCCAAAUGAAGCUGCGGUAGCGAGUUAUAAUGUAGCUUGCUGUUAUUCAAAGAUCAAUCAGGUACAAGCUGGACUUGCAGCCCUCGAGGAUGCUUUGGAAGCCGGAUUCGAAGAUUUUAAGAGAGUCCGGACGGAUCCAGACCUCGAAAACAUCAGAAAAUCGGAAGAAUUUGACCCUCUCGUGAAGAGAUUCGACGAAUCAUUUAUCAACGAGAACGCAAUCAACGCUAUCAAAUCUUUAUUUGGAUUUAACAAGAAAUAA